AAAAAUAAUUUACAGCCUAAUCAACAGGGUGGGAAUGCAUCCUCCCAGUUCAACUACUUCAACCUCGACGCCUUUUUCUGUCAAGGAUAUUUUGAAGCUGGACUUUGAAAAUGAAUUUCUGAUGACUGACCAGGUUGUUCCGAUGCACCACCAUCAGCACGUGCACGCUGCGUCCCGGAACAGGGACUUUUAUGACUGUCCGCCAGACGUGUCCCCGUGCGUCUCUGGGAAGCUCCACUCGCUUAACUCAGCAGCAGAGGAGGAGAUAAAUGAGCAGGAGAUGAGCGGUCUUGACAGUUCACCCGACUGCGACAAAACCGCAAAAGGCAGACCCAGGCUGCGCAGGAAGCCCCGGGUCCUCUUCUCCCAGUCCCAGGUGUCCGAGCUGGAGAGGCGCUUCAGGCAGCAGCGCUACCUGUCCGCCCCGGAGAGAGAGCACCUGGCCCACAUCCUCAAACUCACCUCCACCCAGGUCAAAAUCUGGUUUCAGAACAGGAGGUACAAAUGUAAGCGUCAAAGGCAGGACAAGUCUCUGGAGCUGGCGGGUUACCCACUUACCCCGAGGAGGGUGGCGGUACCGGUGCUGGUGCGGGACGGGAAGCUGUGCAGCACAGGUUCACACUCAACACCUUAUAAUGUUACUCUUGGACAGUAUAACCCCGUGUUUGGGUACGGAAACAGCGGCGUGUAUGGCUGCAGUUAUCAUCACACUGUUUCUCCAUCAGCAGCACAGAUGUCCAAUAACCAGCUGCUUGAUUUAACAGGUAGCAGUGAGGGGCCCUUCAACCACGGACACUUUGAGGCUUCAGUUCAGGGUGUAAGAGGCUGGUGAUUAAAGCAAUAUAAAUAGUCUGUGUAGUAGAGAACUAUCAAAUA